GUGACACGAAAGAAGCACGAAAGCCAUGACAGAUGACCUAUUUACAACUGUCAGCUGGUUAUGAUUGUUGUUGAGUUGUUCAGUUUCCCGCCAGUUUUACGUAUAACUCAAUAAAGUUUUACAUUGGCUUACAUACCAGUUUAACUAUAUGUAAAUAUAAUGGACGAGGUUGACGAACUAGCUCAAUUAGAAGAAUUACUGUGUGCAGACUUAGAACCUGAAGUAAACGACAAAAAUAAACCUGCCAUCAAAGAGGUUGAUAUCUUUCAAGCAAGUGGCAGUAAAGUGGAAGUUGAGGUGAAAGCAGCUGAUGAUAAGCUUACCAAGAAUUCUGCUAUCCAUGAUGGUGACACGGAUUCGUCAGACGACGAGGAAAAGCGGAACUAUACAGAACGCAAGUACAGUGAUUAUGGCUCAGUUGUUAAGAAGAUUCUUGACAAUAAAGAACAUGAACAACGAGAUAAAAGACUUGAUUUCGAAACUAGAUUACGCCAGACCAAUAUGGACACUAAAAUCGCUCAAAAUACGUUCAAAACACGGCAACCAGUCGAGUUACCAAGUAAGAACACGUUUUGCGCGCCAGAAACUAAGAAAAAAGAAUCCAAUGAUAUUUACACCGAUCCUAUCUUCGGUAUAAGAAUCACGAAGCCUUUGAUUUCAAGUGCGGCUCUCUUAGACCGUAUGCAAGGCAGGGAGGCUAUCAACAUGCUAAGAGUAAAGAGACAUGUUGAAAAUGAAGAUCUGUCUAAGGACUGGGUGAUUGCCGGAGUUAUUGUAAGGAAAAGUGCAGCCAAAAAGUCCCAAAAGGGAAAUCAGUUUUUAAUAUGGACUCUAAGUGACUUGAAGGAUGAUUUAAAAACAAUUUCCAUGUUUCUGUUCCGGAAAGCUUAUAAUGAUCUAUGGAAGACACCAGAGGGAACAGUUGUGGCAGUUUUGAAUCCUAAUGUCUUAGACAGGUCACAAAACAGUAGUGAGCAAGCAAGUCUUAGUGUUGAGAAUCCAGACAGAGUCAUGAUAUUAGGACAAUCAAAAGAUCUUGGAAUUUGCAAAAGUAGGAAGAAGAAUGGGGAACCAUGUACAGCAUUUGUUAACUUGUCUCAAUGUGACCACUGCAUUUACCAUAUAAAGCAAGAAUAUCAGAAGUUUGCCAGAAGACAAGAAUUACAAUCAUCCACUAUGGGCAAAGGACUUGUUAACUUACAGAAUAAAGUUUUAGGAAAAAAUACAGUCAUCUAUGGAGGCAAAUCAUAUACAGCAUUGCCAACUGGUAACACUAAGAAAUUUAAGGAACAAGACAAUAACAGAUUAAUGUCAUUAAGUGAUUACCACAAGUCGGAAGGAGAUAAGCUGAUGAUGAACAGAGCCCCAUAUGGGUCAGGUCCCAUGAAGAGCUCCAUAUUACACAGUCCAUCGACACAACGAGCAAGUGACAAGGAACUACUAAAUAAAUUAACUGCCAGUCCACAAGCAAGUAAGCCGCAGAACCUGACUUUAGCUGAAAGAGUGGGUAGUUCUCCAAAACUAAGCAGAAAUGGAACUUUUGGGCUAAAAGGCAGUGGUACAAUAGACCUUAAUCUCUCAUAUGGCCAAAAAGCAGCAGAAAGAGCGAAGGCAAAUGCAUUCAGACUUAUCCAACAGAAUGGUGGCCUUACUAAAGCAGAUCCCAACAAUAUCAAAGGUACACAAGCUGGCAAGAAAAGAGCAAUAGACAAGUUGAAUGACUCCAGCAGUGAUGAGAAUGAAUGUAAAAAGUCAAAAACUGACAAUGAAACUAUAUCACCAAUGAUGAAACCAAAAGGAGUUAUGUCCGAGAGGUUCAAGAAAAUUCUAGAAGCCACAUCAGCUCACCAGAACUUGAUAGAGCAGCAUGAGGAUGAUGAGCAAGAGAAGUACUUCAGCAAACUCGAGAAGAAGGAACAAAUGGAGGAGAAAAUGUUGAACACUUUCAAAUUAGCGUGUAAAGCUGUGAGGUGUGUCAAAUGCAAGUACACUGCAUUCUCAGCAGCUCAACUGUGUAAAGACGAAAGGCACCCUCUGAAAGUCUUGGACACCUUCAAAAGGUUCUUUAAAUGUGCUGAUUGUAACAAUAGGACUGUUGCUUUAGAGAUUAUCCCCCUUCAUUCCUGCAGCAACUGCAGUGGCUCCCGUUGGGUGAAAGCACCAAUGCUUAGGGAGAAGAAAAUGACUUCUCUCUCAGCUGGUUUAUCUAUUAGAGGUGAAGAGGAAACCUAUAUAGGUGGGAAUGUAUCUGCUGGCAAGAAUAUUGACUUACUAGUGCCUGAUAGUUAAGGUUUUAUAUAUCUAUUGUUUUAAAUUUUGACUGAUUUGUAUUCUAUAAUUUUCAUUUUAUACGCUUAUUUUAUUUAUA